AAUUUAUUUCAUUUUUAUUAUCAACCCGCCGUUAAUUUAGUUCUAAACUAUUAUAGUAUUUUUGUUUCUCUUCAAUUUUUUAAUUGGUCUGAAAUAUAUAUAUAUUUUGCGGUUUUAUUUUUCCUCCUGUUGUGAAAAUGUAUUUCCCGCGUUUUUGUUUUUCUUCAAUCUGCUGUGAAUAUAUAUUUUUUGCGUUUUUUUUUUUUGUUUUUUUUCGAACUGUUGUGAAAAUAUAUUUUUUGCAUCUUUACUUUCUACAAUCUGUUGUAGAAAUUCUUUUUCGCGUUUUAAUUUUUUUCAAUCUCCUGUGAAAAUAUAUUUUUAACGUUUUUACUUUCUUCAAUCUGUGGCAAAAAUAUAAUUUUAGCGUUUUUAUUUUCUUCAAAAUGUUGUGGUAAUAUAUUUUUUCAGUUUUUUAAAUUUUUUUGUUUUGGUACCUUUCGACUUCCAUCCUUGUCGAUACAAAUGUGUGUCAAGCACAAUGCAAAAUUAGUUUUUAAAAACUAUAUUAAAUAAUUAACUUUCCUUAUUGACAAAAAUGUAAUUGAAAAUAGAAAGUUAAAUAAUUUAUAAAUUUCGAAAGAACGCAUAAAUAAAGAACUAUAAAUAUUUCAAAAAUUGACUGAAGUUUGAAGACGAAAAAAUAAUAAAAAAGUGAACUAGAUAUUAAUGAACACGAUGGUUCAGGCGACAAUGUUUUUACGUUUUGGAUGGAGUGUAUUAGUUUUUCUAAUGCUGUGUUAUAUUGUUGGAGCAUCCCAAGAAAAAGGAAAGAACAAUUCGGAAAUUGAAAUAGAUCGUACAGACGCACGUGUUGCACACACAUGGAAUGAACUCAUCCAACAUUACGAUCGACUAGUGAGACCAAAUUACACAGGUUCAGCGACAACUAUUUUCGUUGAAAUAACUGUUUUAUCGUUCGGACAAAUUAAUGAAAGAGAUAUGAGUUUCAGCGUGGAUUUAUUUCUUCGACAAAUUUGGCAAGAUCACCGAAUGAAACAUGAUUUACCAGAGCCCAUUAUUCCAUUAUUUGGUCAAAAAAGUCCCGCAGAUUUUAUUUGGGUACCAGACUCUACAUUUAUUAACGCUCAGCAGUCUACACAACACAGAGUAACAGUGGGCCACAACAAAUUGGAUAUAUACAACAAUGGAACUGUGUUUUGGGGUAGUAGAAUAUCCGUUGUAGCAUCUUGUCAUCUGGAUUUGCGUCGCUAUCCCCUGGAUACUCAGAAAUGUCACAUUGGUAUUGAAAGUUAUGCAUAUCCAAACGAUGAAAUGGAUUAUGAAUGGAACGGCGGGGAAAUGGCUUGUAUUAUCAACAACGAUUACAUGUCCCAGUACACAGUAACCCACCGUCAUUUGUAUGAAGAUGUUGGUUGUUAUAUGUUAGGAAACUUCAGUAUUUUGAAGGCUGAAUUCACCUUUCAACGAAGGGCGGCAUUCUCGAUUAUUCAAAUAUUUUUUCCUACUAUAUCCAUUGUUUGUGUGUCUUGGAUACCAUUAUGGAUACAUAAAAGAUGCACAUCUGCCCGUGUUGGCAUGGGUGUCACCACUCUAUUGACGUUGUGCACAAUAUGGGGAUCGGUAAAUUACCGGCUGCCGGUUGUUAGUUACAUCAAAGCGGUUGAUUGGUAUUUUAUGUUCUCAUUUUGUUUCGUACUUCUAACACUGUUAGAGUAUGCGUUUGUUUUGAACGUUGGAUUUGCUUAUCAUCCGAAAGUAAAACGGAAAAUAAAAAGAAGACCUCAUGUCCAGAAAAUUAAAAGAGAAAUUAAAACUUCAGAUACGGAAGAUAUUCAACUGCAAGAGAGAGUUACAAUCAGCAAUCUUGAGCCGCAAUCACAAAUCGUUUCCACAACAGCUGUUCGAAAAAAGAAAGUCUCUGUCACCAAUUCGCUUUAUCAUCAGCGAGAGUUACCACAAAUCUUCGAUGCGGACAAUAAAGAGAGUGUUCGAAGUGUGACAUAUAAUAUACAAGAUAAUCAAAGAAAGUUGGAGACCAUGAGAGAGAAAGUCCAAGGUGAAGAAACAGCGCAUUUGGACAAAAUCAGUCGCAUUGUCUUACCAAGCGGUUUUCUGGUCUUUAAUUUAUACUUUUGGAUUAAAUUCGGUUUAGAAGACGUACAUUAAAUUUAAAAUCAAGACAAUAUAAAUUUGUUUAUUGUAUGUAAUUUACAACCUUGUCUCCUGUUU